AUGCCGUCGACCGCCCCUGCCCUCAAGCCGUGGGUUCCACCCACCCCCACCACCGAGACCGACCUCGAAUGGGCUCCGCUCCACACCCUCGACCUCUCCACCAUCACCGGUGAGGACUACACCACCGUCCCCGACUCGAUCGUCUCCUCCGUCGGCGAAGCCUUCUCCCGCGACGGCUUCAUCUACGCCGUCAACCACGGUCUCUCCUGGGAACACGUCCUGCGCCAGUUCGCCAUCGGUCAGUACGCCUUCCACGGUGUUUCCGAGGCGGACAAGGCACGUUACAAGGCGGACAUCCUCGGCACAGGUUCGUUUGUCGGAUACAAGGAGCAAGGUCAUUGGAAGUUGAACGGAGUCAAGGACAGGAUCGAACAGUUGAACUUUGGAUCUCAGUCGUUCUCACCCGAGGCAAAGAGCAAGUUGUUCCCAGAGUCGUUGCAGGAGUUGUUGCCGGAGAUCGAGGAGUUUGCUCGCUACAACCAUGGAGUCAUCUUGCGAAAGAUCCUGUCGGUCCUCUCGUUGGUGCUCAAGUUGCCGGCUGAUUACCUUUGGAACCUGUCCAAGAACCCCGAGGUGAAGGGACUCGAUCUGCUGCGCUAUGCUCUCUACCACACACCGGAUCAAUCCGACGACGAAAAACUCGGCGGUGUCCGUCUUCAAGGUCACACCGACUUCAACUCUGUCUCGAUCCUCUGGUCGCAACCCAUCACCUCGCUCGAAGUCCUCAUGCCGGACAACCAAUGGCGUCUCGUAAAACACCGCGACAAUGCGCUCGUGAUCAACCUCGGUGAUGCCAUGCACUUCAUCUCUGGCGGCUACCUCAAACAGACCAUCCACCGCGUUGUAGCCCCACCCCGUGAUCAGGCUCACUACGAACGUCUGGGCAUCUUCUACUUUGCCCUGUUCAACGACGAUGUUUCCCUCGAACCGCUCGAAGCUGAAAGCGAAGUCGUUCGUCAAGCGUACGCGGAGAAGAAACAACGAGACGGUGCAGGGUUCUGGGACGUCACCAAAGCAAAAGGUGAAAAGGUACCCACAGCAGGAGGUUGGGAACGUCUACGUGUCAAAGCCUACGGUCAACAACACGCCAAGAAGGCGGACGACGGUCACGACGUCGAGGAAAUCGCUGGUCAAAAAGUCACCGGUUACAACGGCGAACGCGUCAAGCCAAAGAGAAUCACAGACGUCCAGCGACAACAGUCCGUCACUGCAAACUAA